CAUAAAAAAAAUAAGACAGUAAAGAAAGAACCAAAGCUUUUUAAGCAGUUCGGUUAGUCUAUUAUAAUUUGAUUUAGACAAAGUGUCUGAUCUAUGGCUGCAUCCAGAGAAUUUAUCAUAUGUUGCCUCUUAACACUUCUUUUGUGCACUUUCUACAUGAGAGUCGAGUCUGGUGCUGUAGACAUCAGAGGAGGAUGUGGUGGAGGCGACGGCAGUUUUCAGGAAGAUAAUGAGCGGUGUGUAGAGAAGGUCAAAGAUGACGACGACGAUGAUGUGGAUGAUGUUUUCAAAGUGAUUAACAAGAUGAGGAUAUAUGCUUGAUCAUGGUUCUUAAUUUUCUCUUAAUUAUAUAUAUAGGGGACUUUAUAUUCAAAUAUUUUGUUCGUUUUAAUUUUAUUUUCUUAAGCUUGUUUCUCGUUUUUUUUUUUCAUGGGGUCGAUUCUUUUGUAUUUUUGUUAAUUUAUCCUUGCUUUCCCCGCAUAAUGAGAGAAAUUGUGAGGUAUGAGACUAUUUUUGGCAUUAUUUUUA